CUUUCCUUAGCCUCUUCUGAGGAAGCAUUCUUGAAAAAGGAACUUGACUUCAUGAACAGAUAUCGUCUGAUGCAUGCUGCUGCUCCCCUCCAGCUCUCGCUCGACCUUACGAACAAAGCAGAGCUUUGGGCCACUAAACUCGCCAGUAACGAUGAGGAGAAAAUCGAUGUCAACUCUAAAUAUGGCCAGAAUAUCUUCUCAUCUAAGGACACACAGGAAAUUGCUAGACGAAGCGUACAGUCCUGGUAUAAUGAACUCAGAUUUUACGAUUUCCAUAGUGCCAAAGGUUCAUUGAAGUCCGCCUAUUUCUCGCAGCUCGUAUGGGUUGGAUCACAGGAAGUUGGCGUUGGAAAGGCAGUGGGUGCCAGUGGAAAGACAUACAUUGUCGCUUUAUUUAAUCCACCUGGAAAUAAAGGCGACUAUCUGCAUAACGUGCGACCCGUAACAGGUUAGCAUAAUAAGAUUUAAAUCAAGAUAGAUAGUUCUUUCAACAAAAUCUUACGAACAACCGGCCUAAAAAGCAGCCAACAGUUCAUUAUUUGUACUAACGAUGGUUAUGACGUCAUGGUGCUGAGCUAAGAUCUGGUGAUAUUUCCUUGUAGCAUUUGAAAGAAAGAUUGAUUUUCAAGACUGUAAGACUUCAGUACUUUCUUCUUCUAUCUUUCUGCUCUGCAGAAAUGAGUGAUGUACUUAAGAACACCUCUUGGAGUACCUGACUCAUUAUAAGCCUCGUGGUUUCUUUCAGGUCUCCUCGCCAUUUACUUUUCUUUAAUCUCGUUAUUCCAACCUUGCGUUGUAAAAUGUUGUCUAUGGCAAAAAAAAGAAUGAAUGAAGGAAUGAUGUUCUUUAGCGUAAACAAGAUAACAGUUUAUUACAUCCUGAUCUUCAUCCUUUGUUUCUGAAGCUUUUGUUUCUUUCCUUGUAGGUAGUGGUGUUGGAAAGCGAGGACUAUGUAAGUAUUUUUCACAUUUAUAUAUUACCGCCAGUCACCAAUUGACAUCAUUAAAUUAAAAGAACACAUAGAACUCAGUGUAACUGAAACAGAGCGUUUCUUUCCUUGUAAAUACUGCAAGUACUCUUUGAACAAAAUGCCACUAGUAAUUUCAACUUUAAAUUUCAACGAUUUCCUCCUAUUGACAGCAAAUUGUCCCACUGGAUAUCAACUCUACGACAACGUAUGUUAUAAGUAUUUCCCUGGACCAGUAAACUGGGUUCAAGCUGCAGAGAAGUGUGCUGAACGAUUUUCCACUUUAGCGUCCAUCGAGAGUCAAGCUGAAGAGUUUUUCAUUAGGACUGUUCUGGUGAGAUAUGUGUUGAUACGCACGGGAGAAGACACGGAAUGGGGUUGAAAUGGUUAAGACCCCUUACAUAUGGAGAAAACUUGUCCUGGGUAGAAGGCAGUGGUGGAUCCAGGGAAGGGGCCCCGGGGGCCCACCCCCCUUAUUUUUAGACCAAACUGAGGCCCAAAGAGCCGAAAAAAAUUUUUUUUAGACCGCCCCCCUAACUCAAAGUCUGGAUGACAGCCCCCCUCUUAUCUGAAGAUCUGCAUCCGCCACUAGAAGGGUUACUAGCCUACUAGAACAACCAGGGCCCCCUGGGGGUCCUGCCAUAUAUGGGCUAUAUAGGUAUGUACAUCUGUGAAAGGUAUGGUUUUCAAGGCGUUUACCCUGGGAUAGGGUAUAUAAAUCAGAGAGUUUGGGUCUAGAAUAGGGUAUCAUUUUCCAGGAAACUAAUCAAUUGGUUGAAGAUUUUAGGCUAGACUAAGGAAACCGGGAAUUGCCACUCAAAAAUAAGAAAAAAUCAAAUCGGCAAAAUUAAAUUUACGCAAUUCAGCCUAAGCUACUCUAGAAUAGGAUGGAUUUGGGGAGUUUAGUCUAGUAUAGGGUAGCAAAAUUCAGCUGAACUAGCUCUGGUAUAGGCUAAGGGUUCCAGAGUCCCAGCGGCACAUCCCCACCCAAAAAUUCCUAAAGUACCCCCCGGGGCCCGGGGCGGGCCAACUUUUCCUACACUUCCUUACAAAUCUUGGCGAGCCGUUUACACGAGAAACGCACAGUUUGCUCGGCUAUAGCCUGCGUAGCAAGCUUUUCCUCGCCAGUUCGUCGAGCAAGUUGGGACGAGAGCAAAAAAGAGGUGACCAACAUGCCUCGAGAAUCUGUAAGGCUCAGAGCACUUAGAUUGUGUGGAGACGGAUGAAAACCGAUUGCAAUUAAAACAAUAAUUUUAAAUCAGAUGUGAUGAAUUGAACCUACUUUAUAUAAACUUAAGUUUUGGACAAAACAAAAAGCAUAUAUUCGAGACAGAGCUUCGUAAAAAAACUUAAGUUAUUUUUUCUUUCUGUUUUCAUUUAUAGACCUCUGGUGGCGCAUCCGAUGCCUGGAUGGGUAUAAGUGACUUGAAUACUGUUGGUGUCAUGUCCUGGUUGGACGGGACUGAAAANGGGUCCUGCCAUAUAUGGGCUAUAUAGGUAUGUACAUCUGUGAAAGGUAUGGUUUUUAAGGCGUUUACCCUGGGAUAGGGUAUAUAAAUCAGAGAGUUUGGGUCUAGAAUAGGGUAUCAUUUUCCAGGAAACUAAUCAAUUGGUUGAAGAUUUUAGGCUAGACUAAGGAAACCGGGAAUUGUUACUCAAAAAUAAGAAAAAAUCAAAUCGGCAAAAUUAAAUUUACGCAAUUCAGCCUAAGCUACUCUAGAAUAGGAUGGAUUUGGGGAGUUUAGUCUAGUAUAGGGUAGCAAAAUUCAGCUGAACUAGCUCUGGUAUAGGCUAAGGGUUCCAGAGUCCCAGCGGCACUCUGGAAAAUUCCUAAAGUACCCCCCGGGCCCCGAGGCGGGCCAACUUUUCCUACACUUCCUAACAAAUCUUGGCGAGCUGUUUACACGAGAAACGCACAGUAGAGCACUUAGAUUGUGUGGAGACGGAUGAAAACCGAUUGCAAUUAAAACAAUAAUUUUAAAUCAGGUGAGAUGAAUUGAACCUACCUUAUAUAAACGUAAGUUUUGGACAAAACAAAAAGCAUAUAUUCGAGACAGAGCUUCGUGAAAAAACUUAAGUUAUUUUUUCUUUAUGUUUUCAUUUAUAGACCUCUGGUGGCGCAUCCGAUGCCUGGAUGGGUAUAAGUGACUUAAAUACUGUUGGUGUCAUGUCCUGGUUGGACGGGACUGAAAACGUAUACAACAACUGGGAUUAUUACCAGACAAUAUUUCCUGGCAAAAAAUGCGGCGUUAUUAGUACAAACUUUAACUGGAAGUACAAGCCAUGCGAUAAGGCAAGAGGAUUCGUUUGCAAGCGACCCCUUAGAGGUAAGUGAAAUUAUCGGAAAAAAUGUUUAAUGUUCAUUUAUAUAUAGAAUACGUGUUCAAUGGCCUUUGAAAUAAGAAUAAUUUUCUGAGAGCGCCUGGUACUAAAUCAGCGGAUUUUGAGCUUCUGCACAUGGGUUUGGGAUGGGUUUGCACUGUCGAUACAACAAUAAACAGUUCGGAUACUUAAGCAUCUUGUGUGUCGGACUAAGAGUCUAAAUGUGUACACAUUCAUGAAACAUGUUAUUGAGUGCAUUUAUUUCCACGCACAGAUACAUAUCGCCAAAACACAAGAAAACUGGUUGAUUAGAACCAGUUUUUAUUCACUUUUAUGGCUGCGUCCUGAUUGGCUACCCAGAGCGGGCGAAAUAAGCCUAUCAUGUCUAUUCGGGAUUUCCUGCUUUGUUUUGAAGGUCCCCAAUAGCUUUUCGGGAUCUUUGAUUUCCCUUAUUUGAAGGCCAGGAUUCGGGAUUUUAAAGCAAAAUGGGGGCGAGAUUCGGGAUUGAAAGUGGGCACGAUGUGGAAUGCCGAAAAUAACCCUUGGGAUUACGGGAUUGAGCAAAAAUUUGGGUCAGGCCGGAUGACGGAAUUGAAGAACCCUAUUGGGACUCUCACUUUUGUUUUGGCCAUGAAAUAUAUCCUUAAUGACCAAGAAUGUUCGCGGUUAAGUUGGCUGAAUAUUGGCCUUGUCUGUCCAUAAAACCUUAUCUCUUAUGUUUUUUAUGUAUACAAACAAAAAAAACAAAACAAAAAUGAUAGUAAAUGGCCCUAGUGAUACAUACGUUCAUGAGGGACCCUUUCUAUUCCAGGCCUUACAAUGUACAUGGUGCUCAUUCGUUACGAAGAUAAACUCUGGACAGAUAACCUGUAUAUGCCAGGAAGUCCUCGACACCAAGCUCUCAGCAGAAAUAUUCAGGAAGCAGUAAGCUUACAUAGCAUUGAUUGAGCUUCACUGGAUGUUCUCAUUCGUUACGAAGAUAAACUCUGGACAGAUAACCUGUAUAUGCCAGGAAGUCCUCGACACCAAGCUCUCAGCAGAAAUAUUCAGGAAGCAGUAAGCUUACAUAGCAUUGAUUGAGCUUCACUGGAUGUUCAUGACGUUGCGCUGUGUUCGCGAGUGAGUUUGAAUCUGUCUACUGAUUGUGGUUAUGCUUUUUAUUCCCGACAGCUUCUUUCUGUAUAUGGUGAUUUUGACUGGUUUGAAGAGGUUACUUUGGAUCAUUUCAGGUAACGCUAAAAUAUACACUGGCUAUUUAAAAAGCCCUCUAAAGUGAAUGGAUUAUAUUUGCCUUCUAUACGGUAACUUUUGUUAACUAGUUCGUAGUAAAGAAUAGUUAGGGCUAAUUCCCAUACUCUCAACAGUGUACAGGACACAGGAAAUAUUGUAGCUCCCAGUCGAGGAUAAUGCAAUAUCCGCAUUCUCUUCCUGUCCGGGCAAUGUUUUUCCGCUGCUUAAGUUGUCUGUAGGAAACAUCAAACAGGCUAUCUUUGCUUAGAAGGUGGAGGCAGGGUGCAGUUUGUUAUGUUACCCUAACCUCAUUUCAUGACGUUUUCGCAUAUAUUUUCGCUCAUUGCGGCUCCAUAAUUACGGAGAAUAAAUCAUGUAAAAUAAACUUUAUCGGGGACAAGGAUAUGUGUGAGUUGCUGGUUUAUUUUGUUUAUGAAUAUACUUUCUUCUUUUCUCUAUAGCAAAGGAGAGCAGGAUAAGAUACUGGCCUACAUAAAAUUAAGUUUUACCCCCGAUGACGAUUCGGUUACCGAUCCAAUCCAGUUUCUUCGCGAUGCCAUUCAAGGAAAGGGAAAUAAUAACUCUACAAAAAGAAGCGUCAUCUCUGGUACUCUACACGGAGAAAAGGUCCAGCUUAUCAACACCACUUUGAUCACUGGUAAGAUGUAACCGCUAUUUGCCCUCUUUUUACCCUCCCCUCCUGGUUGGGUCAGGCUGUAGGGUCGCGGGUGUUUGGAAAUUGUUAGGCUCUCUCGGCCUAACAAUCAAGGUCUCAAGUUUUUGCCGUAACAAGGAAUUUUUCUGAACUUUUCACAAAAAAGUAUUCUUUGUGAGGCAAGCAAGAUUCUUAAUGAUUAAUUAUGUUGCCAUGGGAACCGCGGGUGUCAGGCUAAACUUGUGCAGUUUCUUAGGACUGUUAACGUUCCUAACUGGCGCUACCUUUAAACUGAAAUCUUUUAAAAGUUCGGCUUUCAUGCUCCUUCGAUGGCGAAGUAUAAAUAGCGGCUUUGACUGUACCUUGAAAGUAAAAUCACCACUUAGUACGUAAACAUGAUCCUACAUCAGAACCUUUAGUAUUAUAAGCCAAACUAAUGCCUUUUAGAUCAACCAGUGUAGUUAGCACAUUUUAACCGCUAAUUGUAUGUUAUUUUGCUAUACAAAAUAAUCCCUAUUUUGUUUCCAUCAGCGGACCAAAUUGGUACGACGUGCCCAGCUUAUUGUGCUGUCUCACAAUGUUCACCGGUCGCCUGUAGCCCAUGGUGCUGUGAUACUUUUGGUCAGCAGUUUUUCACACAGCAACAGCCACCACAGCUUGGAUAUAACUCAUAUGGCUCUCAGCCUUAUUACAACACAGCCAAUCAAAUGCCAGCUUAUCCUCCACAAAAUCAAUAUCCCGCGAGGCCACUGAACCCUUAUCCAGUCCCUCAGCCCUCGCCGUAUCAGUACCGAGUCCCCCCUCCACCAACACCUUACCAGUUGCCACAGCAACAUCAAUACGUAGCUCGACCACAGCCGUAUUUCCCUGCGCCAAUGCAACCACAACAGAAUCCAUACCAGGUUCCCCUGCGGCCUCAGCCAGUCCAGCAGCAAGUCUCACCCAACCCACUGCGAAACUCACUACGAUACAUAAUUAUGCCAAAACAACAACCUCAGCCUCCAGUGCCACAGCCAUACCUGUCCAUCCCAAGGCCGACGUUUUCUUCACAGGUACCCGUGUAUACACCCCCACAGCCGUUUCCACAGAUGCCGAUUCAGGCAGCUCCGCAGUAUCUGCAGAUGAGCCCAAAUAAAAAGGACAAACAAGGAGGCACCCUUCAGUUACAGGGUACGGUAUUUUCCUAUCCGUAUGCUCCUCAGUCCGCUCCGGCUGUCCAGCCAAUGCCAGUUUACAUGCCAACACAAUACUACCAACCCACUCUUCAACAUGUAACGAAACAGGCAAACAACAAAGAAAAAGAAGAUGAAAAGAAAAAAGGGGCUUCGGAAAAGUCUCCUGUGAAAACUUCUCAAGUAGGAGUUUCACCUGGAGUUGCCCCAAUUUAUCCUCACAUGGGGUAUCUACCCCAAGGAUAUUCUCCUCAAGGAUAUGCUCCGCAGGGUUAUGCUCCUCAGGGUUAUGUUCCGCAGGUUCCACCUCCUUUCUAUCCAAACCCCGUACCUCCGCCUCAAACAACUUGGAGGAUAAAACUCUACCGUCCUGUUGUAACUGUCAGCCACCCCCAGUCGCCGGUCCCUCUCUUCAACCCGGGGUAUCCGCUUCCAAGCCAACCAUUUCCGCCAAUGACCCGUCAACAAUACCCCCCACCACAACCCUCCGUUACACAGCCAGCAUCACCAGGACUUCGUCCAAUCGAACAAAGACCUCAACCAUCACAACCUAUACCUCCUCCAAGUUUCUUCCCUUCUCAGCCACUGAAUGUGUAUCGCCCACCACCGGUCGCGUACCCCAACCCAGGCUAUGCACCGGGUCAGAGCUCGCAGGUGAACCUUUGGCAAGCGCUACAGAAGACAUCCCAGCCCAGUUCUUGCCCUGCACCUUGCCCAAGUUACUGUGCGCCAUCCUGUACCCCAAUGUGCUGCAAGGAUCGCAAAUAG